AUGGACGCCGCCGAGGUGGAGUUUCUGGCCGAGAAAGAGCUCGUGACCAUUAUCCCUAACUUCAGCCUGGACAAGAUUUACCUCAUUGGGGGCGACCUGGGGCCGUUCAACCCCGGGCUCCCGGUGCAGGUGCCCGUGUGGCUGGCGGUCAACCUGAAGCAGAGACAGAAGUGCCGCCUGAUGCCCCCGGAGUGGAUGGACGUGGAGAAGUUGGAGGAGAUGAGAGAUCAUGAACGGAAGGAGGAAACCUUCACCCCGAUGCCCAGCCUGCACUACAUGGAGCUCACCAAACUCCUGUUAAAUCAUGCUUCAGACAACAUUCCCAAGGCAGAUGAGAUCCGCACCCUGAUCAAGGACAUGUGGGACACGCGGGUAGCGAAGCUCCGGGUCUCUGCCGACAGCUUUGUGAAGCAGCAGGAGGCACACGCCAAGUUGGACAACCUGACCUUGAUGGAGAUCACCACCAGUGGGGCCUUCCUCACCCAGGCCCUGGACCGAAUGUACAAGCUCCGCACCCACCUCCAGCCCCUGGACAGCACCCAGUCCCAGGAGUUCUAG